CUACUUUAUUGCACAACCGAAUCCCACGCCUUCUCUUCUCUUUCCCCUUCUCCUUUCUCUCUCCCUCCCUCCUGCUCCUGCCGGCUGCCGCCGCUGAUCCCUCUCUCUCUCUCCUCCCCCAGGUCCCAAUUGCCGGCCGCUCCUCUCUCUCUCCCCCCCAUUGCCACCUACUGCACCGGAGGGAGGCGGAGAGGGAAAGGGGGGACGGGUUCUUGGGAGCGAAUCCUUCCUUUUUCAGCCCCGCCUUCCCAGCCGACCAAGGUUGCUAUCCGCGAAGCAUUUCUUAUCGAAGGGCUCUCUGGUGUUAAGUUCCAGCUGCAUCGGAUGUUUGAUGCAAAAGCGGCGCAAUCGGUAGUUUCUGUGACCGGUUGUUGGCUUGUUCGAGAGGAGGAGCAAUUUCUCUGCCGCGGCUUUUAAGCGAAUUUGGGGGCAAUUUCAGUUAAUUUAGUAGGAAUCAGGGAAGCCCAUCCGGAAUUUUUCAUUUUCGCGCUCUAUGAUUAGGAGCUGUGGCUGGGUAUUGUCUACUCCCUGGAAUUCUAGUGCAGAUUUUUACCAGUUUCAGUCGACUUUGAUCGAGCCCAGAGCUACCACCAAAUUGGGUGUUCCAGUGGGUGUCGCAGUCUGCAUUCUUCUAAGACCAUCGGUGGGGAAUUUGUGCCCGUUGGUGGCAGAUGGGUUGCUCCAACUCCAAAGUGGACAAUGAGGAGCCCGUGAGGAGGAGCAAGGACAGGAGGCAGCUUAUGAAGCAGCUGGUGCGUCGCCGUCCUGAGCUUGCAGCCGCGCACAUUGCGUACCUGCACGCCCUCCGCAACACAGGAGCCACUCUCCGAGAUUUUGCUGAAUUGGAGUCUGCAUUGUCGCAGCAGCAACCUGUAGGCCCUGCGGCGCCACCGUCACCUCAUCCACCACCACCGCCUCAUCCUGAACCAUCGAUGACGUCCUCAAUGCCACCCUCGCCGCGCCCCCCACCGCCUCUGCCUUUUAGUCCAAUAACCACCAUAAGAAAGAUGGAGAAGAGGAAUGAUGAGCUACCACCACCAUCUCUGGCUUUUAGUCCACCAGGGAUAAGAAUAAAAAAGAUGGAGAAGAGGGAUGAUGAGCUCCUCCCACCACCUCUGGCUUUUAGUCUACCAAGGAUAAGAACAAGAAAGAUGCAGAAUAGGGAUGAUGAGCUUUAUGGGAAUGAUUCUAUGGAUGAAUGUGAUGAUGAUGAUACCGACAGCUGCUCAACUCCUCUACCCCCACCCCCACCACCAGGUGUAGCAUGGGAGGACUUGGAUCCUUACAAUUCCUUGAAUUUUCCAUCUCCGUUUGCUGAUAGGAACGAUAAAGAAGUGGGCUCACAGGUUACCAUGGAGGAUGAUCCUUGGGUGGAGACAAACCUGGAAUUUGAUGGAGAGGAGGAUGAAAGUGUGCUUGGAAAUGAUGAUAGCAUUGUGAACAGGGUCCAGAUGAAUCCAGCGAAGAGCAGAGCUCUAGGCGAUGACAACUCUUCAAUGGUGAACUGGGUGAGAAAGGACUCAGACUCUACAGCGGUGCCAUGGAGGAAUAAGAAGUCACUCAUACAGAUUGUUAAGGAGAUUGAUGAGUACUUCCUGAAAGCAGCAGCAAGUGGGAACGAUGUUGUCAUUCUUUUGGACUCUGCUGGUGGGCGCACUGAUGCCUUAGAGUUAGAGACAAAGAAAGGAAAAAAUUCCAAAUCUGCGAAGGUUUUCUCCACGCUUUCUUGGAGCUGGUCUUUCAAAUCUCAGCAGGCUAACAGUGAAUCCUCAAUUCUGAAUUCUAGUGAUGCCUCUGGAUAUGGUUACCAUGGCAAAACACUGGAGAAGCUUUAUGAUGAGGAGCAAAAACUCUACAAGUUAGUCAAGGAUGAAGAAUUUGCAAGGCUCCAGUACAAAAGGCACAUGUCAAUGCUACAAAAGCUGGAAUCAGGAGAGCACGAUAAGCUGCAUGCAGAAAGAGUUCGUGAUGCUAUUGAGGAAUUGCAAACUCGGAUAAUCUCAUUGGAGGAAGCUGUGAGUUUGGCGUGUUUUUCAAUAUCAAAGCUUAGAGACGAGGAGUUAUAUCCUCAGAUUAUUGAAUUAUCUGCAGGGCUUGUACAUAUGUGGAGAAACAUGUACGAGUGUCAUCAGGUCCAGAACCAUAUUGCUCAGCAAGCUACUCUCCUAGGAAACACACCUGGGAGUGAGCCAACAAGUGACGCUCAUUGCCAAGCAACAUCUCAGCUGGAAAUUGAGGUCUCUGGAUGGCACAGUGCCUUCUGCAAUCUCAUUGCAUUGCAGCGUGAAUACAUAAGCAUCCUUAACCAAUGGAUUAAACUCACAGACUGCCUUCCUGAUGAUGAUGGCUUAAUGAAAAGCUCAUCUGGAAUCCGUAACCUCUCUGAGGAACUCCAGCGUGCUCUUGAGAGGCUACCUGAGAAGGUAGCAGGUGAAGCAAUAAAGACUUUUAUGUCAGCCAUACACUCUAUAGUUGUACAACAGAGUGAAGAGCGCCAGCUGAAGAAAAAGUCAGAAAACAUGGAGAGCAAGUUCCAGACCCACUUAGAGAAACAUAGUGAAAAUGCAAUGCAAAGCUCAUCCCAGCCUCCAAAUAAGAAUCAGUAUUCAGUAUCAAAGAAUGAACUGAAAUUGGAAGCAUUUAGAAAGCAGGUUGAGGAGGAGAAGGCAAGAUACCUAACCUCUGUUAAGACAAGCCGAGCCAUGACGCUGAACAAUCUGCAGACAGGCCUUCCAAAUGUGUUCCAUACUCUGAUGGGAUUCUCAGGAGUGUGCGUGCAGGCAUUUGAAGGUAUCAGCAGGUGCAGUGAAGUCGCUGUUAGCCACUCCGGAGCGGUUUCACCUGCCAUUUGCGCGUGACCCUUAGCUUGGAUGGCUGUGAUUAUUCAUUGUAAGUAGGCAAAGUAUAAAUUGGUUCUACGUGAAUACCCUUCUUUCCAUAACUUCUUCAAAUAGUUUUUGGGGAUAAAUUUUAAGUCAAUACAGGCACAUUAGUCUUGAAUAGAUCACAAAAUCUCAGUUGGUGAGGAGGUUGUUACUAUGAGGUUAGUGGUAGAAGUAUGAACUACCACAAUUGAACUUUGUGGCUGGGAUUCUCGAAAGGAUUCAUGCGGACUUUAACAGCAUGUUCUCACAAUAUGAUGAUGCUACUCAUCGCAAUAUAUUGCCUAAGUCCAGAGGCUGUCCUGGAUCACAAUUCACACCCGAUAUAUAAUUUUCUUGUCCAAUGCUUGACCGUGAUUAAAUGCAUGGGAAGCACUACUCCGUCACAAUCCUUUACAAAAUUUUACUGCAUUAUUGUUUUGUCUUGACA